AUGUCCAGCGACGAUCGCCCGCGGCGCUCUCGCGCGGCGUCAUCGUCGUCCUCGACCGCGGAGUCGCGGACGCACAUGCUCGCCGGGGCGAUCGCGGGCGCCGCGGGGGCGUUGGCGCUGCAACCGCUCGAUGUCCUGAAGACGCGGCUGCAAGUGCGCACGGACGCGCGCCCGAGCGGUGGCGCGGUGUUUGCGAGCGCGUACGAGACGUUUCGAGACAUCGUGCGCGUGGAGGGGGCGAGAGGGGCGUUCGCGGGGUCGGUGCCAGCGAUGGUGGGAAGCGCCGCGAGCUGGGGCGCGUACUUGGCGUGGUACGACGUCGCGCGAAGGCGACACGGUGAGCGGUUCGGGCGGGACGAAGGCGGAGCGGUGACGAUGCGGGCGAACGUGUUGGCGGCGACGGAGGCGGGGAUCGUGACCACGGCGCUGACGAAUCCGAUAUGGGUGGUGAAGACGCGUUUGCAGUUGCAGCGAGGGGGCGGCGUCGGCGGGUUGGACUUGGCGGGCGAGCGGAGAUACAGGGGGUUCUUCGACGCGCUCUGGACGAUCGCCAGGACGGAGGGGGUGAGGGGGUUAUAUAAAGGAUUCGUUCCGAGCGUGUGGCUCGUCUCGCACGGAUCAGUGCAGUUGACGGCGUACGAGUGGCUUCGAGAGCGCCUGGCGAGCGGACGCGAGCGAGACCCGAGAAACGGGAAGCGAUUAAUCAAUCCCACCGAGGCCGGCGCGCUCGGAUUAACGUCGAAAUUUGUCGCCGUCUCCGUGACGUACCCCUUUCAAGUCGUUCGAGCACGGAUGCAGCAACGUCAGGACGUUCCGAGACCGGCGGACGCGCCUUCGUACACUCGCUUCACUCGAGCGCUCGCGCUCACCGUGCGAAGAGAGGGUGUGGGUGGACUCUACCGCGGCUUCGCCCCGAACGUCUUACGCGUUCUUCCGAAUUCCGCCGUCACGUUCGCCGCGUACGAAGCCGCUUUAGCCGUCUUGCACAACCACUAG